AUGAGAGUCGUGGAGUUGCUGCACCUUGAUCUGGCCGCCAACUCCAAGGACGGUAACCCAAAUCCAGAUAUUCGGGAUCUUCUCAUCAAAUUCACUUUUGGCACUGGCCCCGAUAAAGGUAAAAAGUCAAUAUGGACAAAGGUCUACGGCCAACGCCUAGCCAAGAUUCUGGCCCGUUUUCAGCCAUGGCGGAAAGAUCAGCCUCUGGGGUACUUCAUCCAACGCAGUGACGACAGCUACACCAUGUUCAUCCUGGCAAUGUACGUGCAGAGAAAGUUUGGAUAUUAUCCAUACAUCCCCAUGAUCUACGACCAGCUCAAUGACAUGCCUCUCGUGCCACCUCGGGAUCGGAACGAUCAGCCCGGACUAGGGUUCGAACACAACGAUACUGAGCCGGCUGUGCUCCUUGACUUCACACAGGACGGUGACGGGAUUUGCCCAUCUCUCUACGAAGGAGGGUCUGUGGAGGACCUGGAAGUUGGUACUCCUCAUGAUAAGUCCUUGUAUACUGACUGGUACUGGGAGCAGUAUAAUGGCUGGAUCAAGGAGAUUGAGGUCUUUCUCGGCACAGGAGAGAAUGCAACGGCUGCCUAG